UCAUGUACUGAUGUAGUAUGAGCGAGACGACCCAGAAGAAAAACGGAGAGGAGAGCGCGUGACAUGUGCUAGGCGCUAGGCAGCUGGGCGAACAGUUACCUUCACUCGUACUCGUGUAGGCUACACUACAGUAUGUCAGCCAUCUAUCUACAAACGGCCUGGGCAUGGAGCCUGCUGCCCAGUGCUGGUAGAACGCCAAAGUCUCCAACCCAGGCUAGAACUCAAGCAAAUCAUCUUGUCACGUCCCAUUGCCACUACUAACUAGCGCACUGAGUCUGUGCCACAUAACAGUAUCAAACUGAUUUUCAUGGUCGGUUUGACUCCACCAUCCAUCAAUGAUCAAGGCAUCAUUCCAUGGGAUCCAGGCCAGGUCACUGAGGUCAGCCCUUGUGAAAUGACGGUAGAACGUCUGCUAUGACCUGUUUGUGUCUUGUGAUACCGGUAAUGCGAUCGAGCGAACCACGUGGUCAUUUAAUUUUUUAUUUUCUCAUUAGUUCUUGCUAAACAUUUUUUUAAACAUUUUUUUCAUUUUUCGAAAAGAAAAGAUUUCCAACACACUUGCAAUAUCGAUCAACAAGAUCCUGUACGAGUACUGUUUGUUCUCAAAAUUACUGAACGACUUUAGCAAGUUUGGUGUUUAUUAUCUCAAGGACGAACAACAUUAGUCAGUUGUUCGUCCCGAACUCCUUUCCUUGAGCAAGCUAAGCCAAGCCGUUGAUUUGCCAGUUGUCACGCCGUGUUUUCUCGGCAUCGUUCGAAAUUGCAUCAAUCCGAGAAUGAGAAAUCUAGAACUGCUUCGGCCUGUUGUGCACCGCGCUGCGUCUGCACUGGAAAACGUGAGAUGUCUGUGUGUAAAUCUGGACGUGGGCCACGUUUACUGCGUGAGCGACGAGAAAAUCUUCAUCCUGCGUCCCGAGACUGGAGAGGUAUUGGCUGAGAUUGACUUCACCGGUAUUGUUGCGCCCGUCGGCAGUGAAUCGCCUCGCAACACCGUGGUGGGUUGUCACUACCUUUCCGAGUUGCGGCAACUAGUGGUGGCGCUCACCGGCGGUGAUGUCGUUUCCGUGGAGACGAUGAUGUGCGACGCGGACGGCUUGCCGGACAGCAAGUGUCUGGACUGCGUGGGAUGCAUCGACGCUGGAAUCGUAGCUAUGGCCUGGAGUCCGGAUGAGGAAGUCGGCGCCUUUCUCACUGCGGACGGCAAGCUGGUACUGAUGACGAAGGAGUUUGACUCCCUUGCCGAAGUUGUCGUUGAAGUGUCCGAGUUUGGUGCUUCGGCUUUCGUCAAUGUAGGCUGGGGAAAAAAGGAAACCCAGUUCCAUGGAUCGGAAGGCAAGCAGGCAGCAAAGGCGGAGAAGAAGCCGGUUCUUCCCGUACGACCGUGGGAUGACCGCACGGCGCGUGUUAGCUGGCGAGGAGAUGGCCAGUGCGUGGCUGUUUCGGCCAUCUCAGCGGAAAGCGGUGGACGUAAAGUGCGCGUGUUCAGCCGUGAAGGUGUCUUGCUCUCCACCAGUGAAAACGUUGACGGUCUUGAGCAGGCUCUGUCUUGGAAGCCAUCUGGAUCACUUAUUACAUCUAGUCAGAGACUGCCUCAUCGACACGACAUCGUUUUCUUCGAGAAGAACGGGCUGCGUCACGGAGAAUUUACCCUGCCCUUCCAGCGGCUUGAAGUGCGAGUGUGCGAGGUCAGUUGGAAUAUCGACUCCUCUGUCCUGGCUGUAUGGUGUGAGAGCCUGCCUGACGGUGUGGACGAGAAAUCUGGAGAGCUGAUCAAGCGUUCGCCACACAUACAACCUCCCGCCAUGUCCUAUGUUCAACUGUGGACGUUCAGCAACUAUCAUUACUACAUGAAGCAGCAGUUGUGCUGGAAGAACACUGGUCUGCAGUGUGUGCACUGGGAUAGUGACGCAGCGCUGCGCCUACACGUCAUGGCGUCCAACGGUGAAUACGGUCGCUAUGACUGGUUCUGGACUACAUCUGUCAGUCCUGGUCUUGUUGCGGAGAACAAUGUCACCGUCAGCGUCACCGAUGGAGGCAAGUUGCUUCAGACUCCAUUGCGGCGCGUGGUUGUGCCACCCCCAAUGUCACAUCGGUCCAUCGCUCUGAAUAGCCCUGCAGCUCAGUGUGCAGUGUCACCCCCUGCACAGUCGGUACCUACUCGAUAUGCCGUGCUCCUCAGCAAUGGCUGUGUUGGCUUCUACAGCGAGCAGCAACUGGCCCCGAUAGAACAGCGCUCCAAGGACAAGUGUGGCUUCCGUGUCGAUGACGUGCCUCCCACACAUCUCGGGGAUGCUAGUAUACCUCAUUUGCUGGAAGACAGCCAUUGGCAUGGCCACUGUGUGCGUCAACUCACCUGGCUAGAUGCACACACAGUGCUCGUGGCAGCCUGGGAUGUAGACACGGUCGAGGACUAUCUGCUCUGCCUGCGCGUCGACUCUUGCAACGGCAGUGACGACGGUGGCGCCCGUGUCAAGCUUGUCAUGAAAUCUAGUCUUGCCAUGGAGAAGCCCAUUUACAGGGUGACCUCUAACCCGGAUCGCCGCCUUGCUGUGGUGCAACUCAACGAUGGUACAGUGUGGAAGGUGCUGGUUGGCGGUGAUGGCGGUGACGACGGUCUUGCUCUGGAAGCCUGGCCCGCGACUACCCCCGGUGGUGUGGACACUGCUCCACCGCUGACGCUGAGCCCGUACGGGUACGGCAGCGACAACAACAUUGAUGUCCCGAGCGGCCUGCAGCUGAGCGUUCCGUGCUCCUCUUUUGGUCUGUGUGUGAUGGGUGAUGAGGAUGUAGUUCUGGCUCUCACUGACCACUACCGACUCUUUGUCAAUGGCUUUGAGUUAUCUACGAAUUGCACCUCGUUUGCCGUUCAUGACGAGUACUUGUUGCUUACAACACACUCUCACACGUGUCGCUGCAUCAGCCUCACUACACCUGUGUCAGAGUUGACUGUGCUAAAGGAUGCUGAUCGUAAUCAACUGGAUGAUAGCAUUAGGCGCGUGGAGCGUGGCUCUCGCAUCGUUGCUGUUGUUCCAUUUGACACCAAGUUGGUUCUCCAGAUGCCUCGUGGAAACCUAGAGACGAUUCAUCCACGUGCCUUGGUGCUAUCUGCUGUUCGCCGUCAUCUGAAAAAUUUGCAGUACACGAGUGCGUUGGACAUCAUGCGCCGACAUCGCAUCAACAUGAACCUCAUCCACGACUACGAGUCCGAGCUGUUCCUUGCCAACGCUCAGCGCUUUGUGGAGCAGAUCAAUGAUGUGUCGCGCAUCAACCUCUUCCUCUCUGACCUAAGGGAUGAAGACGUGACGGUCAGUAUGUACUCGUCAUGCUCUAGCAGAGAUGUAGUUGCCAGUUCAGGACAAACAAGUGCUGUUGUGGAGGGCAAGACUGCUCGUGUCGGUGAUCAUCUGAGAGGUGCCAUGAUUGCGGUGGAUGAGAAGAAGUUCCUACACAGCAUUCUCAUGACCCACAUCAAGAGGCCGACGCCAGAUCUGGAGUCCGUGUUGGCACACAUCAAGCGCCUACGAGACUCCAGUGUCCUGACUCCGUCCGCAGUGACCGAUGCCAUCAAGUUCGUCCUGUACUCGGUCGAUGUGAACCAGCUGUACGACGUCGCCCUGGGCAUGUAUGACCUAGACCUGGUCAUGAUGGUGGCGGAAAAAUCUCAAAAGGAUCCCAAGGAGUACGUGCCAUUCCUGAAUUCGCUGCGUCAUAUGUCCUCGUUUGACAAGUACACAAUCGACAUGUACUUGAGACGGCACAGCCGGGCGUUGUCCAACAUCAGCGAGUGUGAGGACAAGUUUGAGACAGCGUUUGAGUUGAUAAUUGCUCACAAACUGCACCGUCAAGCAUUGUGCCUCUACUCGGCUUCCAGUGAUAAUGCCAAGCGGAUCGCCGAGUCCUAUGGUCAGUACUUGGCGGAGGCAAAGCAGUAUGCGGAGGCAGCGCUUGUUCUGUGCAAGUAUAACCUUCACUCGCUGGCAUUGCCCUGUCUGGAGAAGGCUAUCAACUGGCGUCAGGCCAUGGCCAUUGCCAGAAAGCUGCAGUACGACUCUGCGGCCACCAUGCAGCUGGCCUGCUCCCUUGCCGAUGCUCUGGUGGCCCAGAGGAGGCACGGUGAAGCCGUGCAAGUUUUGGUGGAUUACACAGACAAAUAUGAUGAGGCCAUUGGCAUUGCCCUGGACGGGCAUCUCUGGGAAGAGGCAUACCGGCUGAUGUAUCGCUUUGAGCAAGAGGCUCAAGUCGAGGAAGAAUUGCGACCGUGCCUUGUGCAAGCAUGCCAUGUUCAAGUGGGUGCGCUGGACACACACAUUGCAACGUUCUCCACUCGUGUUUCUCGCCUGGCUGUUGUGCGCGAGGACAAAAUCAAGGCUCGGCAAGAGCGGCUGGAUAUGGGUUUACCAGCGGAUGGUCCCGACGCCGAUCUCUAUUCCGACGCCAGCAGCUUGGCCUCUAGAACAACUGCGAGCUCGGCUGGCUCUAAUCGAUCACGACAGACUGCGCGAACUGCAAAGAACAGGCGUAAGGCUGAACGCAAGAAGCAUCGUCUACGCGAAGGCAGUGCACAUGAGGAAGAAGCGUUGAUCGAGUCGCUGGCAGAAAUCAUCACAACAGUGGACGGUUUACGCAGUGAUGUGGGUUGCAUGCUGCGUGUGCUCUACCUACUUAACGAAGAGCUCGAGGCGGUCAAGCUCCAGUCGACAUUCGCCGAGGUGAUGAAGCUCAUCUGUGACAAGCUGCGUGAUGUAUGGCGUCCUGUAGCUGCACCUGGAGCAGCAGACAGUCCUGUGGCGCAGGUGCCUUCUCUCGGCCCCAACGCAACGGCAGCCGAUUUUGUUCAGCAACAUCUGCAGAAGUCAAGCUCAGACUCCCUACCUGUAGUCGGGGUUCCAGCACCGGCGUUUUCCGCCGAUCGAACAUCAUGGCGGCUGACGAUCCUGGACAGCUAGAUGUGGUCCCCGCGUCCAUCGUCCGAGACACCAUGCCAGGGCGCUCUUCCUGUCGGAUAUGUGCUCUGUCGGGGCUCUGCAACAUGACUGUGGCUAUCACGGUUUUCUUUGGUACACGGAGUAGUGUCGCCAUAACUUUGGAAUGCUUCCAUGAAGGCGUAGAGUUUUGAACGGACUCGCCCGCACUGCCUGUACGCCGAAGUAUAUGUGUGCCCUGAGUAAUGCGUGCACGUGAUGGCCGAACGAUCGUAGCGGCCGCUCACUGCAAGACCAAUGUCAUGUGCUCUCGGCUACAGCUCCCGCCAUGCUGUACUUUAUGCAUACCGUCAGUGCUUGACAGUGGGAAAACACGCACUGGCGUAACACAGCCGAUCUAUACAAGUAUUGUAGCUCUGUAAGUCAGAGAGCAGAGUGUACCAUUGUGCAGUUCAUCAAUCUCUGAUUGCUCUGUUCUGGCCUACUUGGAUGCUGGUGUUCCAGCGGGACUAUCCAAUCUUGAUCUGCUUCCCCAUCCACGGCUGCUUAUAGUUAUACUCCAGGCGUGUCUGCUGUGUUUGCCCGUGUAGACCGCCGCGUAUAUGCUGUGCUUUAGCUGUAUGCAAUCUGCUCUGCGUGCCACCAUGGAGUGUUGCACGUACCGGUACAUGCAGCAUUCCGUUGGAGUUGCUCGUUUGCUCGGCACCCGUGUUUGGUGCCGAACCCCAUGAUAGGGUAUAGCAGAGCCGCCAAGAGCGUGUGCUUUAGUGCUACCCGCACCUCAUACACGGCUACCACCUACCGCUGUGCCCGGUACUCAUGGAAAGAUUUCAACCAUGAUAUUACAUGGGAAUCUUGUCCUUGCUGGUACAAUCCCCUUCUCCAGCUUAGCCCAUUGUGCACUUCUGAGCAUUUUUUGCGGGUGUAUUAACUCCGAUGGAUGACGUUAUUUAUUGAGGUUGGAAUCGGUUCCUUGUUCUCUGUUGUU